GCUCCCAGUUUCAUGGGGAAGGGGACCGCGCUUCCCGUCUUUUAUCUUUCAUGCCUUCUUAGCCAAACAGUUGGUGUAAACUAUAGCUCAGCUUAUUAUGUUAGGAUAGAUUUUAUAUAUAUAAAGCGAAGGCAAAAAAGAGUUCAUAAAAUUGGAAUUCCCUCAAACAACAAUAAAAAGAAAGAAAGAAAGAAGUGUAGGAAAACCUUGAAGUGAUAAAGAUUUGGUGAUGCGGCAGCGGCAAUACAUUAGCUUGAUGUGCCGAAACACUUGCUGCCUGCCUUGAACAGCCUCCCCCUGUUAAUAAAUGCAACAGGGUUGGCGGAGGCUUUAUAUGCUGGGGAGCACAGAAGGGUGUUUUCCCGUAAGAUCGAGAUCGUAGAGGACUGAUGCGAUUGUGGUUAUGGAGUGGAGAGCGGGAUACUUGGAUAUGAUUCUAGUCCCCCUGGGCAUCACUUUGUGCUCUGUGUACCAUGUUUGGCUUUGGAGAGUGAUCAAGUCUCGACCUCACACGACUGAUGUCGGUGUCAAUUCCGCCGCCCAACGAAGAUGGGCGGUUGCCAUGAUCGAGGAAAACGGGAAGAAGCACAUGGUGGUGGUGCAAAGCAUAAGAAACGCAAUAAUGGCAUCGACCCUGAUGGCAACGACCUCCAUCCUCCUCUGCACCGGCCUCGCUGCCAUCCUUAGCAGCACAUACAGUGUAAAGAAACCCCUCAACAGCUCUUUAUACGGCGCUCAUCAGGAUUUCAUGAUUUACCUCAAGUUUGUGACUCUCCUCUUCGUCUUUCUCCUCACCUUCAUCUGCUACACCCUCUCCAUAAGGAUCAUGAACCAGGCCUGCUUCCUCAUUAACAUCCCCAACAUCGGGGAUGAGCAUGAACGCGAUCCUGCAAUCACAGUGGGCUACAUUUGUGACACGCUCAACAAGGGUUUUCUUCUGCACGGUGUUGGGAACAGGCUAUUCUACGCCGCAAUCCCCCUCUUGUUGUGGAUGCUCGGUCCUUCCCUCGUGUUUUGCUGCUACCUUAUAAUGCUUCCCAUGUUUUACGCCACUGAUAUCGUCAGAGCCUCGGAUGCGGAGGAGGAGCCACGGAAGAUUUACACGGGGGUAUGAGGGAGGGAUUAAUUGAUGUUCAUAUUCAAUAUAUAUAGGCAUGCGAGUAGUCGAUUAGGACUGUCCAUAUAAUAAUUUAUUUAUUUGUAAUCACAUUCAUGUUGGUCAUUGGA